CGCCGUGCGUGGGGAUUCCCGCGGCCCGGGCCAUUACCCGGCCUGCCCCGCGGCAAGAUGGCGGCUUGAAGGCAGCGGGCUUAAAUCAGCCUUUCCACAACUCCUAUAGCAGCAUCUGCCCCAAUUUCAGCUGAAGAUCCAGGGGCCCCAGGGAUUGGAAGAAAUCACAGUGCCUGCUUUGAAAGAAGAAGAGGUAGCGACUUGCCCCAGCCCAACCCCAGAGCGGGAGUCCCUGGCUGGAGGAAGUAGAGGGGCCGUGAGAUGCGGAGAGCCUAGGGCUGACUCCCACAGGGUGGAACAGAACGAGCUGCUGGCGCCCAGACGCAGGCAGAGGACCCCUGCACCUCCCAGAAUGACCAGCAUAGCCCCUGCCAAGAAGCCCUACCGCAAGGCCCCGCCAGAGCACCGGGAGUUGCGCUUGGAGGGUCCUGGGUCCCGGCUCGAGCAGGAGGAGCUUCUGACGGAUGCAGAGAGGAUGAGGCUUUUGCAGCAGGAGAAUGAAGAGCUUCGCCGGCGCCUGGCUUCGGCCACCCGACGCACCGAGUCCCUUGAGCGGGAGCUGGAAAUCGGGCAAGACUGCCUGGAGAUGGAGCUUGGCCAGAGCCGGGAGGAGCUGGACAAGUUUAAGGACAAGUUCCGCAGGCUGCAGAACAGCUACACAGCCUCCCAGCGGACCAACCAGGAACUGGAGGACAAGCUGCAUGCACUGGCCUCUCUUAGCCACAGCUGGAUUUUUGCAAUCCAGAAGGCUGAGAUGGACAGAAAGACGCUGGACUGGGAGAUCGUGGAGCUAACCAACAAGCUGCUGGACGCCAGGAACACCAUCAACAGGCUGGAGGAGCUCAACGAGCGGUACCGGCUGGACUGCAACCUGGCAGUGCAGCUCCUCAAGUGCAACAAGUCCCACUUCCGCAGCCACAAAUUUGCUGACCUGCCCUGUGAGCUGCAGGACAUGGUUCGGAAACACCUGCACAGCAGCACUGAGGCUGGCAGCCUGGGUCCUGUUCCCAGGCCAGCCCCGGGGGCUGUGGUGCCCACCUCCAUCAUUGCCCGAGUGCUGGAGAAGCCAGAGUCCCUGCUGCUUAAUUCUGCCCAAUCAGGCAGUGCUGGGCAGCCCUUGGCUGAGGAUGUCUUUGUGCAUGUGGACAUGAGUGGCUGUGGCCCAGGGGACACGGCCAGUCCCCCAGGCCCUGGCAGUCCUCUUCCCCAGCCCAAUGGCGAGUGCCACUCUCUGGGUACUGGAGGGGGCUCCCCUGAAGAGGAGCAGUCCCUGCCAGCCUUUGAGAAGUUGAGUCCCUACCCUACCCCAUCCCUGCCACACCCACUGUACCCUGGCCGCAAGGUGAUAGAGUUCUCUGAGGAUAAGGUCCGCAUCCCUCGAAACAGCCCGCUGCCCAAUUGCACCUACGCCACACGCCAGGCCAUUUCUCUGAGCCUGGUAGAGGAGAGCAGUGAAUGGGCCCACCCCAGCCCUGAGCCCGGCAGCCCUGCCUCUGCCCAGGCUUCCCCACACCACCAACCUGGCCCGACAGCUCCCGCACCCAGCAACCUGGCCAGCACCACUAGCUCUGAAGAAGACUUGUUGGCCAGCUGGCAGCGGGCAUUUGUGGACCGCACUCCACCGCCCACCGCUGUGGUCCAGCGCACGGCCUUUGGCCGAGAUGCCCUCCCUGAGCUGCAGCGUCACUUUGCGCUUAGCCCUGUUGAUCAAGAUGAGGUGAUUCUGACACCUUCUGCCCCACCUGAUGAGAGUGGCGUCCUGCAGCCAAUGGAAAUUAACCCUGGUUCCCCCAAGGAGGAGGAAGAGGAAGUUCUCAACCUGCCCGUCAGCCCUGAGGAAGAGUGUCAGAGUCUGCUGGCUGGGGACAAGGAGACAGAGCAGGGGCCUGGUGCUUUGCAUACUGAGAGCAGGGCCUGGCCACUCCCUGGCUCCAGCCGCCCCCAGCGCAGCCCCAAGAGGAUGGGGGUACACCACCUUCAUCGCAAGGACAGCCUAACCCAGGCCCAGGAGCAGGGCACCUUGCUCAGUUAGGCCACCCUCCCUUGAGGAUAGCCGGGCCCUGGCCUGGAGCAGGCAUCCUGCAGAGCCCGGCCCUGGUCUCUUCUGAUUUGCACAGUUUGGCUCCAUAUGAGCGUCAGGCUAUGCCAGGCCUUUCAGCUGCAUCGACACUGGCACCAGCCUGCUUCCUUCAUGACUUUGUCCUUGUCUUGGAGUAUUUUUUCUCCAGAGUAACUGCAGGUGGCUCUCAGGCCCUUCCCAGCCCAGGUUGGAUUGUUCUGGGGCACCAAGGGGCUCAUCAGUGUUCAUCCUAUCCUCCCUUUGUGUUCCCAGGCUUGGUUUGGGCUGUCGCUGGGGUUAACCUCUGGUUUCUGUUUUCCUCUGCACAAGCUGCUGCCUUCCAGGUACCUGGCCCAACCACCCUAGGAUGCACAGCUGAGACUCAGGGCUCCCCUCGCUGCUCCUCCCCUCUCGAUACAGGAGUGUGGGCUUCAGGGGCCUCAGGCUGGGCUCUGGGUUAGGGUUCCCAACCUUGGCUCUAGACUGUUACUCCCAGCUUUGGGAAAUUUUCACAUUGAUGACAUAUUUUAAAAUAAAACUAUUUUA